CGAGAUAUUUCCUAGCCAAUGCUUCCUCUAAGAGCUGCCCCCUACUAUCUUCCUUUUCUAGAUUUCUUAACACUUUUUUUUAUCUCACCUGAAUUUUAUUUGUAAUGAUCUACUAUUAUCUAAACCACCCUGCUACUGAAACUUUCCACUCUUAUUCUUCCCCUCUCAAAAUCUCUCUGUAAAUCUUUAUAUCUGCAGAAAGGAAAAGGUUAGAUUCUCAGUUCUUGAGGGUUUUUUUACCCUUAUAUAUAUCGGAUUGUGUUGCAGAGUUUUUCUGACGAACAAUCCAUGGCUAGAUGGUGGCUUGGAGAGAAUAACCCAUCAUCAUCUCUUCACGAGAUUUUGUUUAUAAUUAUACCCUUUCAACACAACAGCUAAUACUGUGAAAAAAAAAGGGAGAAAUCAAAUUAAUCUUUCUGGGUUUUUUUUCUUGUUCGUUCGUUCUUUCUUUCCCAGACAUGUUUCCAACAGUUAUGUCCAAUUCCAGUUCUUGGUCGGAGGAAGUUAGUGUUUCUUCUAUUACAAGGGUUCAAGACAACCUAGGCAGCUUAAAUCCCAUUGUUCCAACCAAAGUUAAGAAGAAAAGAAAUUUCCCAGGGAACCCAGACCCUGACGCUGAAGUGAUUGCUUUGUCUCCCAAGUCUUUGCUGACGACCAACAGAUUCGUGUGCGAGAUCUGUAAUAAAGGUUUCCAAAGAGAUCAAAACCUUCAGCUCCAUAGAAGGGGACAUAACCUUCCAUGGAAACUGAAGCAAAGGAGCAGAGAGAUGAAGAAGAAAGCCUAUGUUUGCCCCGAGCCUACGUGUGUGCAUCACCAUCCGUCGAGGGCUUUAGGCGAUCUUACCGGCAUCAAGAAACACUUUUGCCGGAAACAUGGAGAGAAGAGAUGGAAGUGUGAGAAAUGCUCAAAGUUCUACGCUGUUCAAUCUGAUUGGAAAGCUCAUUCUAAGACUUGUGGAACCAGAGAAUAUAGAUGUGAUUGUAGAACCCUUUUCUCAAGGAAGGACAGUUUCAUAACGCACAGAACAUUUUGUGAUGCAUUGGCUGAAGAAAGUGCAAGGUUUUCAGCUAAUCACCCUGCCUCCUCCUCCGUAUCUGGUGUCGCCUUCGCCGUGAAUCCUCCGAUUUUCCCUUUCCAAACUCAUAUCUCUUUCCAGCCAUGGCUGGAACCUACUCAGACCUCUAACCCUAACCCUAAUGAUAAUAAUAAUCCACUUCAUGUCAAGCCUUGGCCUCAUAACUUUGUUCCAUUCUCCCAAGAACCGGCUCAGCCGCCGCCUCCGAAGCUCGGCAUCGUAUCAUCCUUCCAGAACCUCCAUGUCAGCAAUAACAUUUACUCCAAUGUUGCCAUGCCGGCCACCGCGCUCCUUCAAAAGGCCGCCACCGUUGGCGCAACUGCUACGCAGAUAAACGACGACGAAGGAGGUGGCAACAACAACAUGGCUAGCUAUGUCUCAUCGGAUUUUUUCGGUUUCGGCGCCGGAAGCUUGGGCUCAUGGCAGAAGAGCAGCGACCAUUUCACGAGGGAUUUUCUAGGUUUGACCGGAGACAAUCACCAUCAUGCUGGUGCCAAUGGGGAAGUUAACUUUAGCAUGAACGUGAGAGAGGUUCUAACUUACGCCGGGGGACUGGAGUUGCAGCAGUUUGAGAGAAACCACUCCAUGUUGAAACCCCAGGGUUUUGGAUUCGCUGAGCCUGCCUCGGAAACAUGGGGUGACUGCUAAUGGUCAAA